GAAAAACUAACGCGUGCGCGUGGCCUCCUCUGGCGGUAAGCACAUUGAUUCGCGGUCGCAACCAUCAAUGGCAGCGCGCAUGACACCCAACGCGAGCGCUGCAGCGCGCGCGACACCCAUCGCGAGCGAUGUGAGGUCAGUCACGAUGCGAGACCUAGAAGGAGAUUUGAGCAUCCUGCAGCACGUCGCGAGUUCCUGCCCAUCGAGCAGUUGUACAAGGAAAAGUCUCACACCGUGAAAGCGAUAUCACGCGCCUGGAAGACCGCGGCGCGACGCGCGCUCACCCGCGGGCGCUGGAAACCGCUGCGCACCCUCGAGGACCGCGGCAAGCGCGAGCAGUGGUUGACAGACUGGGGGCCUGAUCUAGGUGAGACCUUCCGUCUGAAUGACCCCGCGGCGCAUAGCGCAUUCGACCGGGACGCUCGGGAAGCGUGGGCGCUCUAUCCGGGAGAAGUGUUGCUAUUGCUCAUCAGUUGGAACGCCCUGGUCUCCAACAAUUAUCUCGCGUUAGUUGUUGAACCAACAAAGCAGGGCUUUGGUUCGAUCGUUGCCGCGUUUGAAAAAAUGUUGCAACUUCGGUGGAGUCGAACUAGCACUUCAGGCAAUGUAGGGGCUGUUUUAUAUCUGCUAGUCGAUUGGAUUCGCCGGGCAAUGCCGGGCUCCUUGCCCAAUGGCACCACGUUGUUGAUUCCGGGGGGAACACUUGCGAACCCGGAGUGGCUGGGCGACGCGCUCGGCCACUGGACGGACCCGGCCUUGGCGGUAAAAGUCGUCGAUGUACUGAUUGAGGAUUACGUCGAUGACUGGCACCCUCGGUACGACGACCUCGCGCGCAGCAUGUCCGUGAACUGGGCGGACAGCGGGAAGCGGGCCCGCUUCGUGGCUCCGUUCGUGGAACGCCAGGCUCAAGAGGACGCAGACAUCGCGACGGCGGACGCGGAGGCUCCGCACAUCGUGGACGACGGGAUGUACAAUCACUUGUAAGCAUCUUACUAGACA